CGCGCUGGCCUCUGCAUUGAACCGGCGCGGAAUGACACAUUCGUCCGCCCAGCGAUCGUUUCGUCUCGUUUCGCGCCGAGCAAUAUGUGCAUGCUCUGAUGAUCGGACCCGAACCCGCGAACUUGUACAUCACGGGCAUACCCACACACACACACACACACACACGGCCGUACGGUGGUGGCGGUUUAAAGUUUCGCACCGGUCGGACAAGUUUCCAGUGCUCGGCAAACCAGAUCUCGGAUAGGUUGCCCACAAGAUCCGCGUACCCGGUGGUCACAACAGUUCUCUGGUGUAUGUGUGUGUGUGUGUGUGUGUGUGUGUUUGAGUGUGUUCUUUUUGUUUUGUCUUCUUUCUUUCGCGGAGAGCAUAGGGGAGCAUCUCAAGAUUACCGCCCGCAGUGUGUUUGGAUGCGGUGCGGGUGCAAGUGUACGGUGCGGACGCCGCUGUGAGUGUGAGAUUAGAAGAUACGGUGCGGCGUAGAACCAAACGGCAUCGCCGCUCAUUCUUGACCAGUUCGUGUGCCGCUGCUGUUAAUCAACAUGUGUUGGCCGUGAACGGCGGUAACCAGUCUCGCGCUCGGGGUUUGCUAGUGAAAAACCCGUACACACCUUAAAACAGUGGUAUUGACCCUACGGCCACGAUUCAGUCCACGUCAGCGGAAGGAUAAGAAAGCGGAUAGGCCAGUGACUGGAAAAACUUGGCAAUCCUGUCCUCGCCUCACGCCUGUGCUACAGUGUAUUUUACUUGUUUUUAUUGUUUGACGAUUUCUGUGUGUGUGUGUGUGUGUGUGUGAAUGUGUGUUUGGUGUGAAAACGGAAGUGAACAUUUUUCCAUUAGAUCGAAAUAGUUUGUCACGUCCUGUGCUUUGGACGUAGCCGCUACAUCUGGGCAUUACGUUAUACACGCACGCACUUGCUCUAUCUGAUCAAAAUGCGUUCGCACUACAGUGCCGGCUGGACGCUGGCGUUGGUGCUGCUCGUCAGCUCACUGCUCGCGGUCAGUGCCGCCAACAAUCGAGGCCAACCGGCGAAACCGGAGGCACCCGAUCAGCAGGCGAACCGGCUGCAUGCACCGACCGCCAACACGAAGAAGGUGUCGGACAGUGUCACUAACCUGGCCGCCAAGAUUGCCAACGCGCUGUCGAACCAGAAAAGCAAAACGGAAAUCUUUUCCCCCGUCAGCAUUGCGGGCGCCCUUUCGCUGCUGCUGCUCGGAUCGGGCGGCCAAACGCAACAGGAGCUGCUGGCGGUGAUGGGCUUGAACACAGUGCAGCUCUCGUUCCAGGAUAUACACCUGAGCUUCGGCCGGCUGUUCCAGGACCUAGUGUCGAACGAUCCGAGCCUGGAGCCACUAGUGACCUGGCGUCUCAACGACAAGUGCAAUCGAUACAACGAGGACGAAGAAGACGAGGAGGACGAUUUCAUCAACUCUCAGUCGCCAAGCAAUGAAUACCCCCGCCAACAGAUAUCCAUAGCGAACGGUGUGUUUCUACAGCGCGGUCUCAAGCCGGGCGUUCGCUUCCACAAUGUGACGCAACGGGUCUACCAAGGUACGGUCGAGAAUUUGGACUUCGAGCGGGAACCGAACCGUGCCGCGGCGCACAUUAAUGACUGGUGCUCGAGAGCAACCAACGGCAAGAUUCGAGAGAUUGUCACCCAGGACAUACUGUACAACUCGCGCAUGAUCGUGGCCAACGCGCUGUACUUUAAGGCCCAGUGGGAGACAACGUUUUCGCCGUACGGCACGCGGCCACGCUCGUUCUUCCUGAACGGCCAGCAGGAGCCGGCGGUCAGCGUCGAAACGAUGGCAACGUCGGGAUGCUUCCCGUACUACAAUGCGACGGCCGAGUAUGGCGUUCGCAUCAUUGGCCUGCCGUACGAGAUGGGCAAAUCGACCAUGUACAUCAUCCUACCGAACGGUUCGAACCGACAGGUGUUGCGGGAGAAGAUGGCCACGCUGGGCGCUCCCCAGCUGAACUGGAUGAUCGAUCAAAUGGUCGUGAGAAAGGUAAUGGUCGUGCUGCCGAAGCUAAACAUCUCGAACCGCAUCCUACUCAGCAGCGUGCUGGAAAGGGCGGGAAUUCGCGAUCUCUUCAAUCCUUCCCGGAGUAACUUGAGCAAAAUCUUCGCCGACGAUCAGCCCGGUGCAUCAUCCCCCGUUACUGGCAACGCCGAUAGAGCGCCAGUUACUACACCGACCCAGUUUGCAACUGGCGGUGCGGCACAAGUGCGACCGUCCGCACCGAAAACGACCACUCCACCGGUGCGACAGAACACUGUACCGUCAACUGUGCAGCCUACCCAGCCAGCGAGACCACAGACAAACUUCAACCAGGCCAAUCAAAUUACCAUAUCGACCACACCCGCUCAAGAUUGCCGUUUGAUCGAGCACUGCCAACCGAUGCCAGGUGAUUUGUGUUCGUGCAACCGAAUACCAACCAAUGACGACAACACCGGCUGUGGAGCUCACCUAUUGGCGCAUUACUAUGAGAAGACUAUUAAGGAUUGCAAGUAUAGCUUCGGCUCCUCUCCAGUACACACACAUAUCUGCAUCAAACCAAGCUACCGCUUCCAACCGCAGUACAGUAGCGGUGACAUAUGUGAACAGCAAAGCGGUUGUAAAAUGUUCCAAAAGUUAUGUUACUGCUGUACUGCAAAGGAGCAAAACGCACAACCAUCGACCCAGUAUCGGACGACCACGAGUAGACCGAGGCAGUCGAUCGGCAGUCGGAUCGAAGGAGACGAGAGCAUAACCUAUAAUACUACACCUUUUCCAACUCGACCAUUUUACAGUACCGAACCAUCGAAUUUGGUUUGCGAACCUGUUCCACGGUACGAUAGGAAUACCUGCACUUUUAAAUCCCAUUACCAAUGGAACGCACUUUACAAUUCUUGCAUUGACCCAAGAAGAUGUUGGUUUGUGCAUGUCCAGAAGCGUCAAGCUCCUGAAUAUUAUUCACCCUCUCAACAGUACCAAACCGCACCAUCACGUGCACAACCGCAACAAACGUUAUUACUGCAACCAGAAUUACACCAACUGAGACCGCAGGAGCAGCGACCAAACCUACAAAAUACACAAUUAAGAAUUUCCGAACAAGCCACUCCGUAUCAAACAGAACAGGAGACAUUCGACUAUCAAAUGAGACUUCAACAGCAGCAGUCGCAGCAGAACCAGCUACAGCAGCAGCAGCAACAACGAGCAGAAUUACAACGGCAGUCGCCUCCAUCUGUAUACGUUAAUGAAAUCGUCACCCACGUGACGCUGGAUGUCAACGAGCAGGGCACGGAAGGAGGCGCAGUUACUGCCGCGCUUAUCGAUCGUAUCGGGUCCGGCUAUUCCUUCCUGGUGGACAGUCCAUUUUUGAUACUAAUUCGCCACGAUCGAACCCAACUGCCAUUGUUCUAUGGGGCCGUGUACGAUCCCCGCCAGUAGCACGCAGCGCUGCAGCAAAAUGGUAUGGCACCGGAACAAAAUGGUAGCUCUGCACACUAGCACUGAUACCUUCCGACAGUAUUCUUUAGAGUGAGACGCGAUGGGGCUGAAUGAGGGGAGAGGGGGGGGGGGGGGGGUUAGGACAGAGAAGUCAAACGGGAAAUCUUCCACUCCCGGGAUAUCCCAGACAGUAUAAUUUAAAUAAAAAUAAACCAAAACUCACAAAUAUUACCCAGUAUUCCA